CGGAAGGCAUGGGGGCAGAGUUGCCAUUUACAGAGAAACAGAGGGGAGGGAGAGGGAGAGAGAGAAGGGGGAGAAUGGAAGCGAAGAAAGUAGCGAUAAUCGGCGCCGGAGUAAGCGGGCUAGCGGCCUGCAAAUUCACGCUGUCGAAGGGGCUGAUUCCGGUUGUUUUGGAGGCGAGGGGCGGCAUUGGCGGCGUCUGGACGGAGACUCUGGAGACGACGGCGCUGCAGACGCCAAGAGAAUCGUACCAGUUCUCUGAUUUCCCCUGGCCCAAAUCGGUCACCGACGACUUUCCCGACCACAAUCAAGUCAUGGAUUACCUCAGAUCUUACGCCGACCACUUCGGAUUGAUGAAGCACAUCAGAUUCAACUCCAAAGUUCUCAGUAUUGAAUACGACGGCUGCUCCGACGACGAGAUUCAAGCCUGGACUCUGUGGGCCGGCACCGGCCACGCCUUCGGUGACGCUCGCAAGUGGAGGCUCCAACUUCAGGAUACUCUCACUAAUCUUCCACUCCAGGAGAUAGUGGUGGACUUCGUGAUUCUGUGCAUUGGAAGAUUCAGCGACGUUCCGUACAUCCCCAAAUUCCCUCCAAAUGGUGGCCCCGAAGCCUUCAAAGCCGGAAAAGUUCUUCACUCUCUGGAAUAUGCCGCCAUGGAUUUCAACUCUGCUUCCGACCUCAUCAAGGACAAGCAAAUCACCGUCGUCGGUUUCCAGAAGUCCGCUCUCGACCUCGCCAUGGAAUGCGCCAAUGCCAAUGGGCCGGAGAAACCCUGCACCGUGCUCUACAAGACCAAGCACUUGGCCAAAUACGGGAUGGUGCCGAGCCAUAGGUUUCUGCAGGACAUCAGCGCGUGUUUAAUCGCAACAUUGCCUGAGAAAUUCUACGACAAAGUGGACGAAGGAAGCAUCAUAUUGAAGGAAUCGCCGAGUUUCGGUUUCUGUGAGGAAGGUAUCAUGAUCGAAGGAGAAACCGAACCGAUUCGCUCGGAUUUGGUCAUUUUGGCUACAGGAUACAGAGGUGACCUGAAGCUUAAAGAAAUAUUUGCUUCCUCUACUUUUCGAGAUUGCAUGACAUUUCACAAUUCAGUGGUUCCCUUGUACAGGCAAUGCAUCCAUCCGAGAAUCCCACAGCUAGCUGUGGUUGGGUUCACGGAGAGCUCCUCAAACUUGUUCACCUCGGAGAUACGAUGCCGAUGGCUCGCGGAGUUUCUGGACGGCACGUUCAAGCUGCCGAGCAUCAGGGCGAUGGAGAAGGACAUAGCCAACUGGGAGAAGACCAUGAAGCAUUACUCAGGCCCUUUCUUCAAGCGAGCUUGCAUUGCCAUUCUGCAUAUUUGGUACAGUGAUCAGCUUUGCAAGGACAUGGGGUGGAACCCCAAGAGAAAGAAAGGCUUGUUUGCUGACUUGUUUGUGCCUUAUGGCCCUUCAGACUAUGCCUCCCCUUGAGAAAGGUAAAAUAAAAUCAUAAUAAUAACAAUGAAGCUGCCCAUUUUGCCCUUUCCUAUCCUAUCCUAUCCUAUCCUAUCCUAUCCAAUAAAAGUUGCAUUGCCAUAUCCCCAAUAAAAGCAAUGCUACUUGAAAACCUCCAUUUGGUUCUCCUGGUUUUGUGACCAAGCUCUUCCCAUUUUUCUUCCUACUUUAUUCUGAACCAAAUCAGUCAGACUGUGAUAUGUUAUUUCUAAUUUAUGUAUUACUGUUUGUAGAAUAAAGUAUAUGGUUGCAUGAAUUUGUUUUUGUUGCUUGAUUGUUA